AUGGCAGCAGUAUGUGCGGUAGUCAGCCCUGGUGAAGAGUGUGCCAAGGUCGUGGUGCUUCUGCAGCCACAAACAACACCCGGUUCCCAGGGAGACCGUGUGGAGUCUACGAAAAAUGAAAAUCAAGAGGGAGAAGCACCAGCCACCACGCGCCAGGCAGAGGCCGUGGAGGCCAAGAAUUUCUGGACCGAAGAUUCACACUUUGCUCUGGAAACAGAAGGUGCCUCAUCCUCCGAGUGGGGUCCUGGUUGGACUCCUCAGGCAGGUGGCACUCGGAGACUUGGAGAACUGGUCCUGCCUACCCUCUAUCUGGAGUCUUGCCAGGCCCAUAGUGUUGUGCCGGCUUCUUGUCUUCUGCGCCAAGGGAGUGCCUCCAAAUUGAAUCUUCAGCACCGGGGCCUGGGGCCUCAGGGGGCCUGGGCUCUGGCUUCCAUGUUGACCUCUAAUCUCUACAUCAAGUGUCUGGAUCUUCGGGACAAUGGGCUCUGUGGGGCUGGAGCAGAGGCUCUGGCCCACGUCCUGUGUAAGAACAGCAUUAUCUCUGAUGUGGACCUGUCAGAGAACCAGAUUGGAGCUGCAGGGCUCCAGGCCAUCUGUGCCGCCCUUGCCUUAAACUCAGCUGUGCAGAAGAUGCGGCUGGCGGGGAACAGGCUAGAGGAAAAGGCUGCCCAGCACCUUGCCGCUCUUCUGCUGCUUCCCACGGGCUUGAAGUCCCUAGACCUCAGCUAUAACCAGCUCAAUGACCUGGCAGGAGAGAUACUUGGACCUGCCUUGGCAGAAAACACAGGACUCACAGAUCUUAACCUCAGUUGGAAUCACCUUCGAGGCCUGGGAGCCAUUGCAUUUGCCAAGGGUCUGGAGGCAAAUAUAUUCUUGAAAGUCCUAGACAUCUCGAAUAAUGGCUUUGGAGACUCCGGAGCCUCUGCAAUAGGUGAGGCCCUCAAGGCCAACAACGUGUUGGAAGAACUAAACAUGAGAAACAACCGAAUCUCCAUGACAGGGGCCCUGAGCCUGGGACUGGGUCUGCAAGUCAACCAGACACUGCGGAUUCUUAUUAUUUCCAAGAAUCCCAUUCGAAGUGAAGGAUAUGUCAGCCUCCUUAAGUCCAUCCAGAACAACAGAUCGUCUGCCCUGGAACUACUGGACCUCUCUGAUGUCCAAGUGAACAAAGAGUGGGAUGGCCUUGCUAGCUCAGUGAACGUAAUUCUUCCAGGACUUUGUAUAAAGAAUAACACUUCCAGAAGAAAAGACUAUCCACCAGCCUCCACACCAUCCCAGCCAGCAUCUGCCUCAAGUGGGCAUGAACUACCAGCCCCCUCUGUGGACCCUGGGGGAGACUUGGCCCAGGCACAGCAGGUCAUAUGCAUGAUGAGCAAUACCACUGCCACUGAAGAGGCCUGGGCUCACCUAAAAAACAAGUUCAACCUCAUGUAUGCCAACGAGGCCUCUAUGCAUGUGUAUGUGAGAAGAGUGUCCGCUUACGAGGUUCAGGGAGCACUGCAGACCGCACCAGGGGUGCUUCGUGCAAACCGCGAGCGCUCAGUAGUCUCCUUGGCUACACCAGGCAAGCGAGCAACCGCACAGCUGACCCAGGAAUCUCCAGCUCCUCAAGAGCCCUCCCGCCAGGACCUCUUCCGGUCCCGCCCCUUGAGGGCGUUCGUCACCGGCUACGGAGUCCCUACGCUACCAACUUCCGCAUUGACCCACCCCAUCGCGAGACUUUGGCGGCGCAGCAAUGGCAAGACCGUGAGUACCGCUGACGGGAUCUAUAGAACGAGUUAG